CCACGCCUACACUCCUGCUCGGUGCCGGAGGUCAGCUGAUCAGCUGCUCCUGGAGGUACCGAGGUCCAAACAGAAGCUCAGAGGGGAAAGAGCUUUUUCUGUUGCUGCCCUGAAUUUAUGGAAUUAGCUACCAUAGCAUGUCAGACAAGAACCUGCACUGUCCGUUUUUGAAACUAACCUUAAAACCUGUUUUUAUUUCUUGUUUUUUUUUUUUUUUUAACUCAGCUUGAAAAUCUUCUUCCGUUUCAUUUGUUGCUAUUUUAUUCAUUUUUCAAAUGUUUUCUCCUGAUUACACCUCACUUUUUUAGAUUCUUGUGUCUAUUUUAGUGUUUAUUUUACGGAAAUUAUCUUUCACUUGGUGAUACAAGCACCACAUUAUUCACUAGAAAAUAGAAAAAAAAGCCACCGUUUUUCAAGAUGGAUGCCAUUCUAAUUAGUUUUUACGGUGUUUGAGCUAUAUUUACUUGAAUCUCUACAUCAAAAUAUAGAUUUUUCAGUAUGUGAAAUCCAACUCUGCAUUUGAAAAAUCAAAAUGAUUGAAUAUUUUGAUAUGUGACAGGCUACUGCCUGUUUGUGAGUUCAGCCACAGUAUGAACCAAAAAGCACACCACCUGGGGAGCCUCCCCAGCCUCCCUCAGGCAGCAACUAAAUGUACAAAAAUUCCUGCAGACCACAGCUGCACCCCAUGCUGAAUCUCACAGCAUUACUGUCAUCAGUGUGCUCUGCUUGUGCUUUCACGUCAUUCUUAUGAAAUAAUUCAAACCAACAGUCUGACCACAACAUUUUGAUGAAUGAUCAUGGAUUUUGCCCUUUAACUUCAAACAUUAAUUGUGAUCAGACAGCUUCAGAAAAGGCUAGUUUUGACUCUCCCAAUAACUUUCAUCUUGAAAAUGGGCAGCCAUAUUGGAAUUCAGUUGACAACAUUUAGUUUGUCCUGUCAGAAUGCAUUCAUUUUGCUGUUUGGGUCAUUAAUACAUUUCUGUUGAUUCAAGUCCUGCUUUGAAAGCUAAUUUUUUGCAUUUAAGGAGGCAGCCAUAUUGACAACUGAAAGCCAUCGUGGAUUUUUAGCUUAAUAAUGUACUAUGGCGAGCGGCGAGAACAAAGGAGGACUCAGAGUCUGCUCUUUAGUUUCACAAGCAGCAGGUUUAUUGUGACAACAACCAACCUGCGCAAUAAGCACCCUUCCUGGCGGCGCACAGGCCGGGUCCCUCCCCAAACGACCCCCCUGGCACACGGUGCAACACAACAGAAAAUAAAAGAACACAAAACGGUGGCGAACGGCACACAACAACAAUCAAAACACAAUCACAAUAAAAGGAAACACGAACAAACCCCCAAAGAACACAUAAACUGGCCCAAAACUGCCCGAACAGUCCCACUACCCAUAAGGCCUAGCGGCCCGGCUCAGUCAAUGGGGACAGCGGCCCCCCCAUGGCCGCUACAUAGCCCCCUCCCCAGGGGGUUAAACGUCCUCGUACCCCCUGAGCCAAGAACAAUAAAUGUCCAGGUGGCCGGGCAGCUGACGGCGACGGGUCGAGUGACGCAAACCCUCCGGCGCUGGUCCUGGCCAAGGGUCUGCGCCAACAGUCUCGGGUCUUUCAAUGCUGGCCUCUCCCCCCCCGGACGGCUCCAAAGGCCAGUACGGGGAGCGCCGGUCCCGAUGCAGCACCACCGGGUGCCUGCGGUCAGGCAUCCUGACCCGGUAGACCACAUCGGAAAGCCUCUCCAACACCACGGCUGGUCCGAGCCAGUGGGUGGAGAGUUUUGGGGAGAGUCCUUUUUUCCGAGUGGGGCAGUAUACCCACACCCGUUGUCCCUGGGUGAGGGGCUGCCCCCGACAUUGGGUGUCAUACGCACGCUUCUGCCGGAGCCCUGCAUCCUCCUGGGCUUGCCGGGCAAAAGCGUGCGCCACACGCAGGCGCUCUUUCAGGCGCUGGAAGUAGUCCAGCUCGGGACCUGCAGCAAGCUCUGGUUCCGGUGGUGGCCCAAAGGCUAAGUCCACGGGGGUCCGCAGUUCCCGACCGAAAAGCAGGGCGGCCGGCGUGCACUUGGAGGAGUCCUGUACCGCGGAUCGGUACGACCUCAGGACCAGGGGCAGAUGGCGGUCCCAGUCUCGUUGGUGGCGGCUGGUGAGCAUGGCGAGUUGUGUGGCCAAGGUGCGAUUGGCACUACCCAUAAGGCCUAGCGGCCCGGCUCAGUCAAUGGGGACAGCGGCCCCCCCACGGCCGCUGCAGUACUUUUCCAAAAAAGUACAUCCUGAGCAUCAUUUCUGCCAAAUUUGGUGCUUUUAUCAAAACGUGAAAGAUUCUUAAGUAAUAUUGUCAUAAUCUUCAUCAAUAAUUUAUGUCGAGUAAUUUGGUUCAGCUUGAGAAAUAAAGUUUAUUCAUUGUGAGCUGAGUUUCAUUUCACUUUGCUUGAUAUUUUUCUUUG